ACUCAGCGACCCCACCACUCGCACUCCCAUCAGCCGCCGGCAACGCCCAUGUCGGUGGUCGAGGAGCAAUGGAAGGAGUGUCGCAGCCUCUCCCACCUGGGGAUCUUCAUGCCACUCUACCUGCUGCCGCUGCUGUUCCUCGGCCCCAAGUAUGGAGGCUGCCUGUACUGCCUGCUCCUGCCGCUGCUACUCUGGGCAUUCAACUCGCUGCCCAAGCCUGUCACAUCGCUUGUGCAUCUGGUCACCGUGCCGCUGCUGGGCCUCAUGGAUACAGAACGCGUCGCUCACAAAUACCUUGCAGUGCGUAUAUGUCUGUGUGUGUAUGCAUCGUUUCGAUGUUCAAUGCCCUCACUAGCCUUGCCACUUAACUUAUUCAAGAUAUUGUUAUCUCAGACUCAUAGAUGCAGAAGCAAACUUAGCGGCGAAAAAUGACUGCUACAGUGUCGAGCACGCUCGUCUCAAACUCUGCAGCGGCGCACUCAGAGGGGCUUGAGCCUUCUGUCAGUGGCCGCUUGUUUAAACAAAGUGCCUUUGUGAACUCGACGCCAGAAGUACUGAUUCCUUCUACUUGCGCUUCCGAUUAUGGCAACUGGCCUUUACGGCUUCCUUUU